AUGAGAAUUAUACCAAUUUCAACUUUCGAACAUCAUUACUCAUAUCUUAUCGUAGACGAUAAAGCAAAUGAAGCUGCUGCCGUAGACCCAGCAGAACCGAGCAAAGUGAUGCAAGUCCUUGCUCAAACCGGAGCGAAACUUACCUCUAUCUUGACUACACAUCAUCACCAAAAACAUGCUUAUGGGAAUAUUGAAUUGGUACACAAGAAACCAAAUCUUGCUGUUUACGGAGCCGACGCUCGAAUACCAGAAUUGAAUUAUGUAUGCAAACAUAACGAGGAAUUCACGGUUGGCACUCUAAAAGUUCGAUCUUACCACACUCCUUGUCACACUAAAGGUCAUGUAUGCUAUUAUGUUCGAGAUGGUAAUGAAUUGAAUGAGGAGUUGGAAAAAGCGGUGUUUACUGGAGACACUUUAUUGAUUGGUGGAUGCGGGAGAUUUAUCGAAGGGGAAGCCAAAGAUAUGUACAAUGCAUUAUAUAAUGUAUUAGGACGAUUACCAAAGGACACCAAAGUUUACUGUGGCCAUGAAAGCACAUUAUUAAAUUUACAGUUUGCAAGUACAGUAGAUCCGAAUAAUCAGACUUUACUUAAAAAGUUGGCAUGGAGUCAAAUGAAUCGUUGCACUGUUCCGAGUACAUUGGGUGAAGAAUUGGAAUACAAUCCAUUCUUACGAGUCUCGGAACCAGCGAUACAAAGUGCCACUAAUGCAUCAGAUCCAUAUGAAGUAAUGGAUAUAUUGCGAACGUGGGCAGAUAAUGGAUCUUUGAACGGAUCUUUGAACGGAUCUUUAAACGGUGUAAUUAAUAGCUCUCUGAACAGUAAUCUAAAUGGAGCUAUAAAUGGCAUGUUAAACGGAGCACUAAAUGGCGGUACCGUGAAUGGACAUUUGGUUUAA